GAAAAGAGAAAGAUGUGGGGGUAGGGAGAUGCAGCAAGACACGCCAUGAAAUGCCCAUCUCCAUUCAAUUCCAUUUCAAUCAACACUAACUAACCAGCAGUCAGCUCCCAAGAAAAGAGAACAGAGCAGAGAGAUUGAUGGAGAAGCAGAAGCUGAAGGAAUAUGAAUCAUAUGAUGAUGGGUUUGGAGAUCAUUUCUCCACAACCCCUUCAAUCGAAACCACUGCAGGAGAUGGGGAGGCUGCAACCUCCACCAAUCACAAGAAGUUUGACAGAAAGAAUUCCAGUUUCGCAUACAGAAUCCAGGAACACGUGAGGUUGGGGCCAAAAUUUUCUGAGACAGUGAAGGGGAAGCUGAGCAUUGGGGCCAAAAUAAUAAAGAAGGGAGGCAGAGGAAAGAUGUUGAGGGAGAUGUUUGGUGUGAGUGAUGGAGAGAAAUUGCUCAAGGCAUCUCAGUGCUACUUAUCAACAACUGCAGGUCCAGUGCCUGGAAUUCUAUUCAUUUCCACACAAAAGCUUGCAUUCUGCAGCGAAAGACCCAUCACUCUCCGCUCCUCGUCUGGGGAACCCCUCAUCAAAACUCCUUACAAGGUAUCGAUCCCUGUAAAGAAAAUAGAGUGUGCAUAUGAGAGUGAGAAUGUGAAGAAUCCAGGACACAAAUACAUAGAGAUUGUGACUAAAGACAAAUUCGAAUUCUGGUUCAUGGGGUUUGUGAGAUAUGAAAAAGCUUGGACCAACCUUCAAACUGCCAUUUCCCUAUCCAGAUAAGAAAGAAAAUGUGUAAAACAAGUAUUGAAGCGAGGUGUGCGUGUGUUUGUGUACAAAGCAAUAACGAUGAUGAUGAUGAUGAAUCCAAAUCAAAUAUUAGCACUUGGAUGGUGGUGAUCCACCACCACCACAGUUUUGUGCAAACAAUAAUGAGUUUGAUUGAGAUUUAUUUAUAAUAAGAGAUGUUUGAGAUUUAAUUUGCAAAAA